CCCCGGGUUGGGGACACAGGGAGGGGACCCUCCGGUCACCUCCCAGCCGGUGGCACCGGGCGGUGACCCCUCGGCAGCUGGGACGGGGCAGGAGAAUCGCCCCAUCCGGGGCAAUAAUGCGGAACUGCCCCAUAUCGGGGUAGCAGGGCCGGUGUGGGGCAGGACCCCCUGCGCCCCCCCCGAACCCCCCCUCGACCCCGGGGUCGCUGCUGCCCGGGGAAACCCGGCCCCCAAGUCCCCGCGGCACCGGAAUUCCCCCGGGGCCGGGACGGGAGGGGCCGGGCUCUUAAAACACCGCCCGGGGCGGGACCAACCGACCCGCGGACGGACGGACGGACGGACGGACGGACGGAGCGUGCGGUGCGCGCCGAGCCGGUGAGCGCGGGAUCGGACCGAGCGGACCCGGGGAUCGGACCGAGCGGACCCGGGAUUGGACCGAGCGGAUCCGGGAUCGGACCGAGCGGACCCGGGAUCGGACCGAGCGGAUCCGGGAUCGGACCGAGCGGACCCGGGAUCGGACCGAGCGGACCCGGGGAUCGGACCGAGCGGACCCGGGGAUCGGACCGAGCGGGCCCGGGAAAUCGAACCCCGGGAGAUCGGACCGAGCGGACCCGGGAGAUCGAGCCGAGCGGACCCGGGAGAUCGAGCCGAGCGGACCCGGGAGAUCGGACCGAGCGGACCCGGGAGAUCGGACCGAGUGGACCCGGGAGAUCGGACCGAGUGGACCCGGGAGAUCAGACCGAGCGGACCCGGGAGAUUGAACCGAGCGGUCCCGGUGCUCACGGGAGAGACUGAACCGACUGAUCCCGGGGAGUCUGAACGGAUCCAUCCCGGUGCUCCCGGGCACCCUGAACCGACCGAUCCUGAGAGGCUGAAAUUGACCCUGCCCGGUGCUCCCGGAGCCCCUGACCGGAGCCUUCCCGGGGCUCCCGGGGGAGCCGGAACCGACCGACCCCGGGGGAGCCGGAACCGACCGACCCGGGGAAGCCCGACCGGCCCCGUCCCGGCGCUCCCGACCCCCCCAAGUGCCCUAUGGACCCCGCGGUGCUGCCGCUGCUCCUGUGCGCCCUGGGGGCCACCGCAGGGCGGGCGGGCGCCUCGUUGGCGUUGUCGGUGGAGCCGGCGAUGCCGGCGGUGGAGCACGGGGGGUCGCUGCUGCUGACGCUGCGCAGCACGUGCCAGGACCCCAGCGGCACCGGCAACGUGGAGACGUCGGCGCUGAAGCGGCUGGUGAAGGCGACGCCGGAGGAGACGGUGGUGGAGCUGCUCAACGUCACCGAGUGGAACUCCAGCGUCCUCUGCUUCUACCGCUGCCACGGCCGCAGGGAGGUGGUGACCACCAAAAUCACCGUCUACCGCGCUCCGGAUCCGCCGGUGCUGGAGCCGGUGCCGCCGCUGGCCGUGGGCGCCGCCCACGAGCUGGCGUGCGUGGUGUCCGGCGCGGCGCCGCUGCGGUUGCUGACGGUGACGCUGCGGCGCGGCGCCGAGACGCUGCGCACCGAAACCUUCGCGCGGCACGGGCGCGACGAACCGGCGGCCGUGCGGGUGACGCACCGGCUGACCGCGCGGCGCGGGGACCACGGCCACAACGUCACCUGCCAGGCGCUGCUCGACCUGUCCCCCUACAACCACUCGCGCUUCACCAGCACCUCCAACCCGCAACAACUCUCCGUUUACGAGUUCCCGGAGGAUCCGGUGAUGGAGCCGCAGAUCUACCUGGAGACCGGCGAAGCGGCCAACGCCAGCUGCGCCGUCACCGGCGUCUUCCCGGCGGCGCAGUUCAAGCUGGCGCUCGCCGACCGCCCCCUGCCGCUCGCCAUCAGCCGCGACGGCCACCGCGCCACCGCCGAGCUGGCCCCUACCCACGCGGGCGCAUUCACUCUGGUUUGCGCCGUGACCGUGGGACCCAUGGAGCGGCGGACGGAGGCGACCGUCCACGUCUACCGUUUCCCCCCGCCGCAGCUGGACGUCGGCAGCGCCAGCGCGCUGGCCGGCACGGCGCUGGGCGGGCGCUGCGUUUUGGCGCCCGGUCACUCGGCGGAGAUCCGGCUGCGCGUCCGCGCCGGCCGCCGCGUGCUGGCGGAGUGGGGCCCGGCGCCGCUGGCCUUCGCCAUGACGGCGCGCGAGGAGGAUGAUGGGCUGGAGCUGAGCUGCGACGCCAAACUCCCCGUGGGCGGCAAAGCGCCCAAGAGCAGCGCGCCCGUGCGGCUCAACGUCACCGCCGCUCCCCGCAUGGACAACAAGAGCUGCCCCCCCCAGCAGAACUGGACGGAGGGGCAGGAUGAGACCCUGCAGUGCUGGGCGCGGGGGAACCCCCGCCCUGAGGUGACGUGUACCAAAGAGGGGGAGCUGUUCCCCCCCGGUGUGCCGCAGCCGGUCACCCGCGCCCACGCCGGCACCUACCGCUGCCUCGCCACCAACCCGCUGGGGACAGACAGCCGGGAUGUCACCGUGGGGGUGGACGCCCAUGACCCCAUCGUGCUGCCGUGGGUGCUGGUGGCGCUGGUGGGGGCCGCCCUGCUGGCGGCCGCCGCGGGGGGCUACGGCAUCUACUACCGGCAGAAAAAGAUCCGGCACUACCGGCUGCGGCAGCGGCAGGAGCUGGAGCGGCUGCGCUCGGAGGCGCCGGCCGCGCUCAACGGCUCGGCGCGGGAGCCUCAAGCGUAACCGGGGGGAGCCCACGGCACCGGGAGGCGGGGGGGAGCAGCAGCCCCCUGCCCAUCCACCUCACCACCUCUCAGUGACAUUGGGGACCGAAUGGUGGCCGCGGUGGCGAGCUGGUGCUUGUUGGUGGAGGUGGCGGCUCCCAUAGGGAUGCGGUUGAGAUGCUGGCGAGGGGGAGGUGCUGACCUCAGCGCACAACCAGGACUCGAACCCGUAACCCCUGAUUGAUCGGGGCGCCUGCUGGGAAUGGGACGUGGGGACCCAGCGCAGCCGGGAUUCGAACCCUCAAUCCCUGAUUGAUCGGGGCGCCUGCUGGGAAUGGGACGUGGGGACCCAGCGCAGCCGGGAUUCGAACCCGCAAUCCCUGAUUGAUCGGGGCGCCUGCUGGGAAUGGGACGAAGGGACUCAGAGCAGCCGGGAAUCGAACCCUCAACCCCUGAGUGAUCGCGGCGCCUGCUGGGACGCGGACGCGGGGACUCAGCGCAGCCGGGACUCGAACCCGAAGCCUCCGGGUGACGAAGCCACUUCCCACCCAGGGCCCCUUGCGCACCUGCCGCAGGUGGGACUCGAACCCACGAUCUCCGGUUUCCGGGGCCAGCGCUGGGAAGCUCCGUUGCUCACCGAACUUUGUCCCCUGGGAGACGCGGAGCCGGCGUUGGGGUGACACCAGGAUUUGGGGACCCCAAAGGAGUUGAACCCCGGGGUUUCGGUGCUGGGGGGGCCAUGGUCCCCUGGUGCGGUGACGCCAGGAUUGGGGGCCCCAGAGAAGCUGAACCCCGGGGUUUCGGUGCUGGGGGGGCCAUAGUCCCCUGGUGCGGUGACACCAGGAUUGGGGACCCCAAAGGAGCCGAACCCCGGGGUUUUGGUGCCGGGGGGGCACCGCGGAGCUGGAAGAUGCUGUCACCAUAUGUCUCUGCAAUAAAAGCCGUUGGCGGCAGCUGCACCACAA